UGUCCCUGCAGACGCGAUGUUGGGGUGGAUCACUGGGCAGGAAGACCAGGUCGCAGGUGCGUGUCUGCUGUCGAGCUGCUUGAGGCGCGCGCCCUCCCCCAAUUGCGGUCCAAUAAUGGCCGUGCAAUUAUCUGACCGAUUCCCAACCGCGGCCACCGCGCGUUGACUUGUUUUUCUAACUUGUUUAUCCCCUUAGACAACUCAAGGACCGGAGAACCACCCGAAACGCCCGCUCCCGUGUUUGCGAUCCGCGCCUUCAAGAGCGCCUUGUUUGGCACCCCCGGUGCCGAUGACGACGUGACCGCCGACCGUACCAUCAAGACAAAGCAGCCAUCGGCCAAUCAGCGCCUGAAUGACCGGCUUUCCUUGAAGCCAUCGAUUGGAACCACCAGAGAUGCUUCCAGGGCUACCAAAGCCGACAUGGACCUGGCAAUGAACGCGAUGGCCUCGCCUACAAAAAGCAUCCUCGUGACCCCCGGAACCGCAUCCAACCGUCGAAAAACCGUCUCGUUCGGCGACAGCGUCGUCGAUAACGAACGCCGACGGGACGACCAAGCCACGAAAUCUUCCAAAACACCAACCUCCUCCUCCAGCAAUUUCAGCAGCCAGUGGUCGGCCAACUUAUCCGACGGAAAAUUCAAGCCUCGCAGUAAACUCACCCAAGCCUUGAUGGAUUCGCGCGACAAGUCUUCCAAGAGCACGGAGCUCUUUUCGUCACAAGACGCCGAGCCCAACCCCUCAUCGGAGGUCGGCACCAAGAUGGCAUCAACGGAAGACGACAACGACGAUACCAUCAACCUGAACGAGCCCCGGUCGCAGUCUGGAAAAUACUGGAAGGCCGAGUUUGAUAAUUACCGGACCAAAACCACCUGGGAGAUCAAGAAGCUCAUCCAGUACCGCUCGGCCGCGAAAACGUACGCCAAAAAGAAAGAUGAAGAAGCGUCGCGAUUGGCCGACAAGCUGAGGGAGGAAGAGAUUAAAGUCGCCGAGAUGGAGCGUCACGUUACCCAACUGGCAUCGACCAUGGUCGGCGAGAGUCCCAAUGCGGAUAAAGAGAAGCUGGUGCAGGAUCUCACCAAGCAGACCGCGUUAGCUUUGCAAUACAAGCACCGUGUUACCUCACUACGCAAACUACUAGAACGGCACGGCGUCGUAGGAAACGAAGUCGACGAUAUCGCUGAGCAGUCCGAAACCGAAAGUUCUUCCGAGAAGGCUACCCAAGAGCUCCACAAGACCCAGCAGGCACUGGAGGAGGCAAAGACCAAGAUCGGGGAGAUGAAGCUUCAACAUUCCGACUUUACCAAACUACAAGAUCUCGCCCGCAGCUCUGAACAGAAGGCCUCCGAGCUGCAGAAGGAAAACGCGUCGCUCAAACAAACCCUCGCCCGGGUGAAGCAGGAGAUGAGCAAAUACGAGGGGCGGCGCAAGGAGAAGGAAGCCAAGCUGAAGCAGCGGGAGGCGAAACUGGAGACGCGCAUCCAGGAGUAUCGGGAACGCUUGAAGACGGCCUCGCAACAGCACCGCGAUCACGAGGAGGACCUGAAAGAGUCCUUCAACGAGGAACGCCGUCGCAUGCAGGAACAAAUCGACCAGUUGAAGAUCAAGCUCACCGCGAUCGAGAGUCUCCCUCAAACCCAGGCGCGAGCGCGCCACUCCGACAGUCCUCGCAAGAACUACACCGGUGUCCACGUGUUCGACUUUGCGCAAAACAGCCCCCAGAAACACCUGGAAGACGACAACACUGCCGACAUCGACGAGCCACCCAGCCCGAGCCCGCGGGCCAAAGAACGACGCUCCUAUCCCUCUAGAUACACCACAACAGGCGACCUCGACCUGAAACGAGCCAUGAAAGCCAUGGGCAUCACCGAUGAAGACCAACUCGCCUACCUUGGCGAAUCCAUCAAACCUCCCAAAUCCCGCUACCACACUGACGAUGAACAACCUACCAUGCCGCCUUCCUCCCCACCCGACUACCCUCACCCACCCACCACUCGCUCACGCCCCAAACAGAAGCCUACCAACCCCGACACCUACCGCAGCCUCUACGCCCCAACCUCCACGACCAUGACCUCCCUUGCGCACCACCUCGCCAACAACCUAGACGACAGCCACCGUGUCCGUCUCCGUGCCCGCCGCUCCCCCUCAAAAUACAGCCUCGACGCAGUCUCCGCCCUCCCGGACUCACACGUCCUCGACCGCGCCAAGCGCCGACAAAGUCUUGCCGCCGUCGUCCCUCGGGACUCGAUCCCGAUGGACCGGAAGCUCCAAGCGCAAGCCCGCCUCAAGCAGCGCAAAGAGGAAUCCCGCAAGGGAAAGGAGAAUAUGCGGGCAUACACAAGCCAGCCGUUAUCGGUCCUUGAACCUAUCUCUUAAUGAUUUCUACGUCGAGGUGAAAUGGAAUGGAUGAUACACCUGAAGAUCAUUCUCUUGUCAUGAGUAGUACCUUGUCUUGUCUACUCCUCUUUCCUUUGUCAUGGAAUAGGUAGUCCUGUCAUUGUCAUUAUCACUGUCCUUGUCCUUAUCCUUGUCUGUUAUGGGGUCUGGUUGGUUGGUGGGUCUGGUCGGUCUGGUUUGAUAUGGUAUGGUAUGGUAUGGUGCGGGAUGGUAUGGUACGGGUUCCUCUAUCGUUGACACUGUUGUUUACUUAGCUUAUUGCUCGUAUGUAAUCUUUAG